AACCUCUCAGAUCCUUGGAUCACCUGGCCUACCUAAUUCCCUGCAUUGGACCCAGCAACACCUCCUUCCUAAUUGGACCAAAGAAAUACAGAUCAAUCAAUUCCUUCCUCCUGAGCUCUUUAUGCAACUUUAUCCUGACAUUGGGACUGUAUUCUUUCCAAUGGGGUGAAUUACAGAGGAGAGCAGCAAAUGACAUCACAAGGAAUCAAAUGUGUGAACUGGAUGCACAGUGAGCGUGAUUAUAACUUGACUCUGUAUCCAGACAGCGACACAGGGGUAGGAGACCAUCAGUUCUGUCGAAAUCCAGAUGGUGUAGAUGGGCCCUGGUGCUACGUAAAGGCCCCAGAUGAAGAAAGACCACUGCGCCAAUCUUGUAGCAUUGGAAGCUGUAACAGUACUUCUCUGCAUGGAGAUGUUAAUGCCACAACAGCAGAGGUGGAAACAGUGAAUGUUGGAUCAAGUGCCAGUCAGAUUGAUGAUCAAGUUAUCUCGGUUUCCUCCAAAAGUGGCCGUAAUGUGAAGCAACCAGUCAUCCAGAGGCCACCUGUGAGGCAGACUGCUAAACAGAAGAAGGAUCUUGGAGUUUUGGGUCAGGCUUUGGCGAUUGGAAUGAUGGCGAUUAUCAUAGUGUUGGGUGUUAGCAUCACUUUGGGCUACAUCUACAAAAGAGGACGAGACUUGAAGAAAAAGCAGGAGCAGAGAGCCAAUGAGCGAGAAAUGAAUCGCAUUAUGUUGCCAUUGUCAGCCUUCUCCAACCCCAAUUGUGAUCUUAUUGAUGAAAUAGCUCUGGUAGUUGAGAGCCCUCAGACAGAAACUGAUGAAGGCCAAGAUGAAGACAGAACCAGCCCCCUCGUAGGACCAGCCGGCACUCCUGGGGCUUGAGCUUGGAUGCAACCCAACCGAGAAGGCUCACUGGAUGUGCCUUUCAGGCUUCUGUUCAGCAAGUGAACUGUAAAUGGAAUGUGGGGAGUUGAAUCCAGACUCAAUCCAAUGCCAUUAAUCAAAUCCCGCUGGACUGAGUACUCUCUGUGAGAACUGCCAGGGAUGAUACAGCGUCUACAUCACCUGUAGUGUGCACCAGACCACAUCAAGAUGUUGGCCAUCAGUACUCAAAUAUGAAUUCAGCAUUUAUUUCAAUGAGGUGGUAAAUCAGGUGAAAGGUGUUUGUAUUUGAAGAGCAGUGAUAUUGCUUUGCAAACAUGCUCAGUGGGGUCUUUUCUUCAAUAUCCACUUCUUGCAUGUGCCAAUUUAUUAGAGAAUGAUGUUGAAAUGUGUAAACAGCCUACUUUAGAAUUAUAUAUACUAGUCAACCAUGUUUUAUUUGAACAUAAAGAUUUUUCAGAAAAUGUU